AUGUCAACUUCUAGAUCCGAACACUUGACUCUUGGCUACGCCUCUCAGUCUGGUAGUCAACCUCGUUCUGGUUCUCCAUCAUCCAGCAACUCCCCCAUCGAUCCUCUGCCGCCUUCCCGAUCCCCAUUCGGUCUGUCCGGUGGUCUCAACCCUUCAAACAAGAUGGCGGGCAAUUCGCGAUCCGGGGCUGGUUCUCCGUCGCACGACAUCCCUGGUGCUAGCCGCCUGUUCUCCAAGAGGCCUGUCCUACCCCACAGAGCUCGUGAGAUUCAGGCUCAGGAAGGUGUAUCAGGUAUGCCUCUUUGGGGUGGUCCUCCUACGAGCGGCAACUCCACGCCGCUGCGCGAGAACAUUCCCGAGUCCCCAACCGAUGGGUUCCCCGAUUUUGCUCAGCUUCCCACGCCGGACUCGAUGCCUCAGACUAGGCGUGCUCGCGCAGGCACAGUGCCCUCUCGGUUCUCUCCUGGGGGCGCGGCUAACGGCAUCCCUGGCAUCCCUGGCUUAGCUGCCAAGACCAACAGGCCCACGCCAACUCAGAGUCCUUUCAAAUCGCCUUCUCCCAAUUCUGACGGUCAGGAGAACCCUUCCAACAGCUCGACUCUCCUUUCACGUCUCCGCGCUGGUUCCAUGCCCCAGAGGAGCCAGUUUGCCCCGAUUCCUGGAACCAAUUCGCCCUUUGGACCUUCGAUCUUUAGCAGCUGGAACCCCACAGGCGUUGGCCGUGAGAGAGCGUCUACCCUGGCAAGCAUCGCCAGUGUUGGCUCAAAUGGCCCCAGCUCUCCUGCUCAGUCUCAGUUCUCCAAGGAAGGAGGCGGUGAGUCAGAUGUCCAUAUGAGAACUCUGGAUUAUCUUGGUCUCGCCGAGACUCCACAACCUCCCCGCGCACAGCUCGCCACUCCUUACUUGGCCAAUCUCGACUUCACUAAGCAGGCCAGUCGAUUUCGAUCUUAUUCGGUUAACAACAAGGACAAAUAUGCCGAUGAUGAGGACGAUUACGAAACUGACAUGCCCCUGGACCCUCAAUAUGUUGCGGCUCUUCAAGAUCAGCUAGCAGCUACCAACGCUGCCAUUCACAACCACAACCUUGCUGUUCAGGCCUUUGCCAAUCAGGCCUCAGCUAACCGACCCCGUGCCCGCACUGCUGGUGUUUUGGAUACCCCUGGAAGUCGAUUGAUGAGAACAUACGUGUCUGGCAGCUCUGGCCUUUCCAACCCUGUUGCCUCAGCUGAAAUUCGCCUUCAAGACGACAAAGAUUAUGACGAUCUUCCCCAAGCUGUUGCCGGAAUCAAUCUCGGUAGAUCCAACAGCCGCAAUGCAGGUCUCCUCAGCGCUGAUGAACAGGGCCUUGAGGGUCCUACCAGUGCACUUUGGCUGGGCAGUAUUCCUACGUCCACCACUACAUCGACUCUGAUCGAGAUGUUCAAGUCUCAUGGUCCUAUCCUCUCGGCCCGUGUGCUCACCCACAAGAACUGCGGUUUUGUUAACUUCGAGAGGGUUGAGAGCGCCAUCUCUGCCAAAGCAAGCAUGAACAGCAAGGAAAUCUUCCCCGGUGCUGGCCCCAUCCGCAUCAACUUUGCCAAGCCGCCCUCUGCGUCCAACACUCCUGGCCAUGAUGGAGUUUUCCCCUCUCCCAGCCCUGAUCCGUUCGCUAAGGGACAGGACAGCGCACAGGGAACAAAUGCUACCACGCCUGCUGGCGAAACUCCUUCUGCCUCUGCCUCUACGAACGCGGCCCCCAAAGCUCCUUCUCUCCGCGAGAUGACUCCGGAUAUUCUCGAUAUUGUGAAGCAAUUUGGUGCCACGGAAGAGGACAGGUUCAGAAUCUCUCGCAACCUUCAGUCCGCCAUCCAAUUCAACUCAUUUGUUGAGGAGAUCCCACCUAUUCGUGAGCCUGCUCAUACCCGGGUUCACGAUGCACCCAAACUCCGGGAUAUCCGUAAGCGGAUUGACAAUCAGAGCUUGUCUCAAGCUGAGAUCGAGAACAUUGCCGUCGAUAUGCUUCCGGAGAUUGCCGAGCUCUCGUCCGACUAUCUGGGUAACACAGUGGUGCAGAAGCUAUUUGAGCACUGUUCCGACCAGCUUCGUGAUGCUAUGUUGUCCGAGAUAGCUCCUCACUUGGCUGAGAUUGGUGUUCACAAGAACGGCACUUGGGCGGCCCAGAAAAUCAUCGAUGUCUGCAAGACCCCUGCCCAGAUGUCUUUGAUCGUUGAACACAUUCGCCCUUACACUAUUCCGCUCUUCCUGGACCAGUACGGCAACUAUGUUCUUCAGGGCUGCCUCAAGUUUGGUGCUCCUUACAAUGAUUUUAUCUUUGAGACCAUGCUUGCUCGCAUGUGGGAGGUCGCUCAGGGCCGCUACGGUGCUCGUGCUAUGAGAGCUUGUCUUGAAAGCCACCAUUCCACCAAGGACCAGCAGCGAAUGUUGGCUGCCGCCAUCGCCCUGAACAGUGUCCAGCUGGCAACCAAUGCUAACGGCGCGCUUCUCUUGACUUGGUUCCUAGAUACCUGCACUUUCCCUCAGCGUCGGACAGUUUUGUCACCUCAGCUUGUGCCUUACCUAGUUCAUCUCUGUACACACAAGGUUGCCUACCUCACUGUGCUGAAGGUCAUCAACCAGAAAGCAGAGGCAGACGCCAGAGACGCCAUUCUCCAGGCUUUGUUUUUCACGCCCAACGAUCAGGUUCUGGAGGCCAUUCUGAAAGAUCACCAGUGCGGUGCUACUCUCAUCUUCAAGGUGCUUACGACCCCCUUCUUCGAUGAGUCUAUCCGCAAUCAAGUUGUUGAGAAUGUCAAGAACGUCCUUGUCAGGAUCAAAGCUCAGCCCAACCAGGGCUACAAGCGCCUGAUGGAUGAGGUCGGCUUGUCGACUCGCAGCGCUGGCAAUAACCGUGACGCCAGCACACACGCAGAGCAGCGUCAACGUCCAUCUUCUAGGCAAGCUAACUCCAACGGCCACCAUCCUAAUUCUGCACACUCCAACAAGCCUUUCUACAAUUCCAUGAACCAGCCAGCCAACCCUCCUGGAUUUGACAUGCCAUAUAGCGGCCAACGAAACGAGCCUGCAGAUAAUGGUGUUUCGGCAUUCCCUCAGUUCAACCAGGGCAUGAUGUACAACACACCAAGUGGUCCUAUGCCUGCCAACAUGCAGCCAAUGCAGUAUCAGCAGAUGAUGAAUCGCGGACCGCCGCCCAUGAACUACAACUACCCUCCCAUGCAGGCUGGAUAUGGUGGCUUCAAUGGCCCUAACCCUUCCGUUGAUCAGUAUCGCCAGCAGAACAUGCCUAACGGAAGCCCUAUCCAGCCACCUGUUUCGCAGAUGCCUCAGAUGCCCGCUGGCCAAACCCCGUUCGCCCCUCCCGGAUUCGGCAUGGGAAUGGGCAACUACGGCUACGGAAAUAUGGGAGGUAUGCCCAACAUGGGAUACAUGCAACAGGAGCAGGGUAACCCUAGAAGAGGUCGCAGAUGA